AUGAGAGCAAUCAUAAGAUUUAAGAUAAUUCGACAAGUACAUUCCUUAGUAUCAAAAGAUGCAGACAACAAAUUUAAAAGAAUAGUAUCUUAUAUUAACAAUUAUGAUGAUAACCUAAAUGAACUGAAAAGAAAAAAGGAGUACCUGGGUUUCGAUGACGAAAUUGGCUGUUUGAUAAAAAGGCUUGAUUAUAAAUUACAAAAGUGUAACGAGAGGGACUUUAAGGAUUGUGAAAAAUACAUGAAUGAAGAUGUUAGUGAUAUAAUAAAAAUGUUAUAUGUAUUAUAUCAUUAUAAGAAUGGUAAAGAUAAUGAUUAUAAGAAUAUAAUAUUAUAUUUUGAUAAAUAUAUAUAUCAUAGCAAGAAUAUUCCUAUGAUAAAUUUAAAGUAUUUGUUUUAUUUUCAUUUGUUUUAUUUUAAUAUGAACUAUUCAUUAAUAAGAAUAGAGAAAUGUUUAGAAAAGUAUGGACAUACAUUAACAACAGAUCAAUUGAUGUUUUUAAUUCGAUACAUAAAUAUUUAUUUAAAAAAUUUAUAUUUGUAUAAUGUUAUUAAACACAGAAAUGAUUACCAGACGGUGUCUAAUAAUAUGAAUAAUAGAACAAAUGAAAAUGGGAUAGAAAAUGUUAAUAAUUAUGAAGAUGAAUAUAAUUAUAGGAAUAAAAUUAAAAAGGAAAUAAAUAUUUUUAUAAACAAUUUGUUUAGGAUAAAUAAAAAUGAGAAAGAAUAUUUUAUUUUCUACAAUUUUGAUGAUAUAGAAAUAAAAAACAAGUGUGUAAGAAAUGAAGAGUUGGAUAUGGUUGAACAGGAUAAUAUAAGUUUUUUUUUAAAAAAUAAAGGUGUCCAUAAAUUUGAAAAAAAUAAUAUAAAUGAAAGAGAGGAUAAUAAAAAGGGAAAUCCUCAUAUUAAUGAUGAUAUGUAUUUCAACAUGAUGAAUGAAGAUAAAGAAAAUGUACGAAUCAAAGAUAAUAAUAGGAAUAAUGAUAAUAUAUUAUAUAAUAAUAAUAAUAAUAAUAAUAAUAAUAGUAGUGAAAAGAGUUCCCUUCCAUUUUACAAUAAUAUAAAAUCGUCUUUAACUUCAUAUAAUAAGAAUACCUUUUAUAUACAUGAGAAGGAAAUAAAUAGAAAAAAUAAUAUGAGUAGUAAUAAUUAUGUUAUUAAUGAUAUGAAUGUAUUAACAGCUCCUGUGGAUGUCAAUAAUAAUUUAUGUAGCAGUCGAAAGGUUUUAAGAAAAGAGAAGAUUAUAAUUAAUAAUAGCGAGUUAAAUUUAUAUAAGAAUAUAUAUAGGAAAUGUACAAAGGAAGUAAUAAAAAAUAUUUUAUUACAUAAAGAAAAAAUACAUAUAGAUAUUUUGUGGAAUAGUUUUAUUAGUAAUUUAUUUAAAGAUGAAUAUAUAUAUAUGUUAAUGAACGAGAUAAAAAAAGAUAAUAAGAAACAUAUAGUAUAUGAAGAAGAAUUUAUAACAUAUUUAAAACAAAUAAAAUUAUUAGAAUUAUAUGAUGAUACAUCGUUUAUUACAAUAUGUAAUAAUUUUUUUAAAACUUAUAUUGUUGAAAAAAAGUAUAUAAAAAAUUUACAUUUUGCUGAUAGAUUAACAUAUUAUACAGAUAUUUUUUGUUAUAAUUCUUUUUUACAAAAGUAUAUUUUAUAUAUAUAUAAAUUAAAUUUGGAAAGAUUUAAUAUAAAAAUAUUAAAAAAAAUAUUAUCUAAAUUAUUUUAUUUCUUACAACAAAAUAAAUCUUUAAUAAAUGGUUUUGAUAAAUUGAUAAAAAGUCUUAUUAUAAAAAUUAUUAUUAAUGGUUCAUUCAAUGAUAUUAUUAUGAUUAUAUAUACAUGGAGACAGUAUAUCUUUUAUAAGACAUAUAUGAAUAAACAAAGAGAAAAAGAAAAAUCUAUUAAAAGUAACAAUUAUUAUAUGAAUAUAUUUGAUGACAUGAAUAAUGAAAAUCUUAUCAACUUUGAAACGGAUCCUCAUUUUGUAUAUAAUGAUAUACAAAAGAAAAUUAUACAAAUGUUAUGUUUAGAACAUACUAUUCAAGAGAACAAAAAAGAGAAUACUACAUAUGAUACAAGUAAUGAAUACAUGUACAAUACAUUUUAUGGGAAUCAUAUGAUACAUAAUAAUAAUUGUUCUUAUUUACAAAAUAACAAUAUUUUUCAUUUAAGCGAUAUUUCGUUGUAUUAUAUGAAACAGGACUAUAUAAAAAUAUAUGAAUUCUUAACCUUCCGAACUAUAAUAGAGAAAAGACAAAUGACUAACCUUAUGUUUGAUAAAUAUUUUGAUAAGAGUAUGAUCAUUAUGAUAAAUAAACAAUUAAUAAAAUUAUUCUGUGUCUUUUUAAAUAAGGUUCAUUAUAGUAUAAAAAGUGGUGAUACCAAAAUUAAUCUUUUCGAAUGUGUAAAUAAUUUUUUUAAUGACGACCCUAUGUAUUACCAUACGACUCAAUUAUUAAAUCAUGGAGGUAAAGAGAUGGAGGAGCAAUUUUUGAGGGAAAAAAAAAAAAUAAAUAAUCAACGUAUACGAAUAGAUGAAGAUGAUAUAUAUUGUAAUGAAGAUGAUAUGUAUUGUAAUGAAGAUGAUAUAUAUUGUAAUGAAGAUGAUAUAUAUUGUAAUGGAGAUGAUAUGUAUUGUAAUGAUGAUAAUAUACAUUAUAAUGAUGAUAAUAUACAUUAUAAUGAUGAUAAUAUACAUUAUAAUGAUAGAGAACAUGAUAUAUAUAGUAACCUUUUAUGUCGAUCAAAUGAAAAGAAGCCAGAUAAAGAAAAAAAAAAAAUAUUUUUAAUUAAAAAAAAAAAAAUUGAUAAUAAUUUUAUAUAUAAAGAAGAAAAGGAAUUUUUUGAAAAUAAUAUUGUAGAGAAUAAAUGUAAAGAAUCAUUUGAUUGUUUGUUUAAGCAUAAAGAUAAGAAACACAAAAAGAUUAUUUCUUUAUCAGAUGUAGCUAAUUAUGAAAAGAAAUAUCCAUAUGAAUACCAUUGUUUAAAUAAUUUUAUUAAUUUAUUAUUAAUGAUAAUAAUAGAUAACUAUAUAUUUUUUGAUAUUAAAAAUUUACAUUUUAUAAAUUUCUUUUUCCAGUGUUUUGAAUAUGAACAUCUAUUACCUAUGUCUAUAUAUCAUUACUUUUAUUUCUUCUAUAUUUUCAGGAAUAUAAAUUAUGCUCACCUAAGACAAAAGGACAAGAAGGAAUAUAUAUAUUCAGAAGAUCUUUUUAAUAAAAAAAAAAAUAAAAUUAUGCAUAUGUGUAAGGAGAAAAUCAAAAUUUCGAUAAAUGAAUAUAUUUCGUUUAAUCUGAAAUCUGGAUAUAGUAUGAACGAACUUAAUAAUGAUAAAGAAAAAAAAAAAAAAAAAAAAAAAAAUCUUGAAGAAAAUGAGACCUGCCCUGCAAAAAAAAAUGUUUGUAAUUUUGAUAUGGAUUGUAUAAUUAUGUUAAUUUUAUAUAAUAUGAACAAUGAAGAUGUUCUUGAUAUUUUUAAAAAUUGUUUCUUAUUAUCAUUAAAUAAUUAUUUAAGAGAGCAAAAAAUAAAAAAAAAAGAGACAGUAUUAUAUAUAUAUGGUAAUACGAUUUGUUCUAUACCGGUAGGUGAUGACACAAAAAUGGAGACAAGAGAAAUUAAAUCAAAUGAUAAUAAUAGGAAGAAUAACAUGGUUAGUUCAUCUAAUAUUAAUAAGUUACAUAUUAUACCUUGUAAUAAUUUUGAUAUGAUCAGAAACACCUUUAAUGGGAUAAAUAAAAAUAUUAAAUAUAUGGACGAAUUUGAUAUAAUAAAUAAAUAUGAAUUUUUUUAUAUUCACAUGAUAUAUAAAAAGUUGAUGUGUCAUAAUAAUAAAAUGUGUAUGGAUGAAAAUAAUUCAAUUAAUAAUGGUAAUUUAAAAAAUGAUGACAUGUUGAAAGGUGUUGAUCAUAUAAAAAGUUAUUACAACUUAAAGAAUUAUCAUGCUUAUAAUAAUAUCACAUAUGGUCAUAAGAAAAUGUUUGAUUAUAUUAACCAUUCCGACCAUUCUAAUGAUUUCAAUGAUUAUCAACAGGAGCAAGCCGAUUAUAAAUCCUUUCUGGAUUUUUUAUCACAUAAAAAACAAAAUUAUGAAGCAGAAGAAUUAUUAAAAUUAUGUACCAUGAUAAAAAUGUUUAAAGGACAUGAAAAAAUAAAACAGAUCAUUAACAAAAUUAAUAUGCUUUUUAAUACGUAUAAUAAUAGUUUUGAAUUUUUUAUAAGUUAUUUAUUUCUUAUUAUACUUAAUGAGGAAAAAGAAAAUUAUAUAAAUGAAAUUUAUAAAAUUUUUAAUCAAAUUAAUAUAUAUUUAUUAAAUAAUAAUAUAAAACCUUAUUGGUAUCAAUUAUUAAUACAAAUACUUUAUCUUAUAAAAAUUAAAAAUUUAUAUUCUUUUGAUUUAUUAUGUUUCAAAUAUAAAAAUAUAGCGAACUUUUAUGAGGAAGCUAUAAAUAUCAAGAAAAAAAAAUUAGAAGAACAUCAAAGAAAAAAAAAAAAAAAAACAUGUACAAAUGCAAAUAGAAAUAUGAUAUAUUAUAGAGAUAAUGAAGAACCAUAUAACAUAUAUAAGUCUACCAUUCGAAAUUAUUUAAAAACAAAUAAUAUUUCUUAUAUUGAAAAUCUACAAUUAAAAGAUAGUCCAUUCAUAUUUGACAUAUAUGUUCCCUCGAAAAAAAUCAUUUUUUUAAAUCAAGAUAUGUGUAUUUUACCUGAUAUAUUUAUUGAUCAUUUACAAGUCCACAUAUUUGACACCAUUAAUUUUACCAUAUAUGAGAUGAAUGAAAGAAAUUAUAAUAUGCUGGUGGGGGAAACAUAA